AGUACCAUAAAACCCAAAACAAGAAAAAACGAGAACGCACACACAAAGGGCGCCUAAAAACCAUUCUCUUCAAGCUUAAUACUUAAUCUGUUUGUCUGAACCUAAAAGGCUCUAAUUUCUAGGGUUUCCCAAUUCAAUCACGUUACUACAAACUCAGUCCUCAGACAUUCUUCAAUCAUUUGUAUGCCCAAAAAAAAUGUAAUUUAAUUUCAGAAUUUUAUAAAAUAAAUAAAUAGUUAGGGUUUUUCUAUUUCGUGGUUGUAGUGUUUAUGGAUCGUCUCCGACCUAGACAGAGGCCGGUGUUUACUGGCUUCACUGAACCUGAGGUUGAGAAAAUGGAGAAAUUGUUGGUAGAAUCAAAAGAAGAGUUGCUUAGCAAGGAAUUUUGUCAAAAAGUUGCAAAAAGUUUUAAUAUCUCAGCUGGUCGUGCAGGGAAACCUAUUAUUAAGUGGACACUGGUGCAUAGUUGGUUCAAAAGUAGGCAACAAGACAACCCAUCUAAAAUUGCUUCUUCAGCUAAUGUGCCCAAAAAAAAAGUAUUGUUUGUACCAGAAGCUUGCCCUCCAACUAAGGAGCGUGAAAGUUCACAAGAACCUAGAGAAGCAGGAGAAAAGCUCUCAGAUUUAUCAGAAUUGGAAUUUGAGGCUAGGUCAUCAAAAGACGGGGCAUGGUAUGACGUUGAGAUGUUUCUUGCUCACAGAUUUAUUAGUUCUGGCGAAGCUGAAGUUUGUGUCAGAUUUGUUGGAUUUGGGGCUGAAGAAGAUGAAUGGGUUAAUGUAAAAAAGGCAGUGCGAGAGCGAUCUGUUCCCCUGGAGCAUUCAGAUUGUCAUAAGUUGAAGGGUGGAGAUCUUGUUCUCUGCUUUCAGGAGAGGAGAGAUCAAGCAAUAUAUUAUGAUGCACACAUUGUAGAAAUUCAAAGAAGAAUGCAUGAUAUAAGAGGUUGCAGAUGCCUAUUUUUAAUCCGAUAUAAUCAUGACAACACUGAGGAAAGAGUUCGUUUGAGGAGGUUAUGUACAAGGCCUACAUUUUAGACCACUUCUGCAAUGUUUCGUGUGAAUCUACAGCUUGAUGGUUUUUAUACAACAUAUGACGAUGAUUUGAAAAUAUAAUCAUUAGAUAGUUUUCUUAUAGUUGUAGUGCAAUUAUUUUCUUGGAUGAAUAAUUAUUAUCAUUAGAUUUAAUAAAUUUUAAGACAUAAUUGAUAACUAUCAAAGAAUCAGAUGGUUUCACCACCAUUCUGAAACUCAAGCUACGGUAGAGUAUUUAUUCACUCUUGUAUUAGUAUAUCCC